CACCGCCACUCCCUCGCCACCUCACAGCCCUUGGACGUUCACACUAAAACCUAUCCCCAGUUUCCUCCCGGUAUUGAACCCUUCUCCUGAAGCUCUCUGCCGCAACACCCGAGGAGCCCGCAAUCGCUUUUACAAACAUGGAACUCGGCAUCACCGCGCGUAUCUUCAUCCUGUUGGCUCUGUCGAGUGCCGUGGCCGAUGCCACGAACAUUGAAGUGGUGAUGGACGAACUGGUUGAGGUGGUGGUCGGGCAGCAGCUGGUGCUGCCGUGCUCCUGGAGCAUGACGACCGGCCGCUCCAACAUCGACGAUCCGGAUUUCGGCUGGUUCAUCAGGGACGGAGCGACCCGGACAAGAAUUUACUACAAGGGGGGUGGCAUACAGAAGGCCGACAACGUCAUUGGUUACCUGGGCCGCAUCUACAUCAAAGACCAGUUCACGCUGGUGGUCGACAGCGCCUUACCGAUCGACUCGCGCCCAUUCACCUGCCAGGUGUCUGCCGGACCCGAUGGGCUGAGUGAGGGAAGGACCAAGGUCUUCGUCUACUCUGAACUGGACGUGAAGAUAUCUGGAACGGCGGAGCCAGUUCAACUGACCGGACAACUGACCGAGAUCGCCAAUUGUACGGUGGAGCGUGUCUUCCCGAGGCCGGCCAUCACGUGGUACAAGGACAACGUGCUUCUGAACACUUCUGCAGACGUCAAAAUUUCGAUGACGUCGCAAAAAUUGGACGAAGGUUUCAUUUCCGUCACUUCCACCUUGAAGUACGUUCCCAAGAAGGCAGACCGGAUAUCGAGCUACCACUGUGUGGUCGACUACAAGAUGCCCGGGCAAGCACGCUCAAAAUCCUCGGAGAAGAUCCGCAUCACCCUGCACUACCCUGCGGAGGAGGUGGAGCUGAUUGUGGCAUCGCCGCCUUUGGGCAUCAAGGAGAGAGACGACGUCCAGCUGAGGUGCCUCGCAGACGCCAGUCCUCCGGCAAUGAUUGCGUUCUUCCAAGAUGGCGUGCCGAUCGAGCAGGACGCCAAGAAGAAUUGGCUCUUCAUCCAGAAAGUGAGGCGCGAUCGCACAGGCAACUACUCCUGCGUCGCCUCGGGCAAUGUGUUUGUGAAUGGCUCUGAGCAACAGGUGUUGAUGGCGGAAAAAAGACUGGUGGUGAAUUACAUCGACUCACUCACCACGACGUUGAAUCCACCCGAAGUGGUCAUGGUUGGACGGAAGAUCGAAGCCACUUGUGCAUUGGUGGCAAAUCCCGAGCUGCAGGGGAUCUACUUGUGGAAAAAGAAUGGCAACAUCUUCGACUACGGCAUGAAGAUUUCAAAAGUGGCCGACUAUUACGAUUCGGGAAACUUCACCUGCCGCUUUGCGAGCAUCAACGCGAGCGACCUGCAGAGGGAAGCGUCCUCCGCAAUAACCGUGCAUGGAGAGCCGAUGAUGGCUUCGGGAAAGAACGAGGAGGUGUCCGUACAGCCAUCGGAGAAGUCGGUGGUGCUCACCUGCGAGGCUCUGGGCUACCCCCUCUCUAUCGUACGGUGGACCCUGCCGGACGGAACGCAGUCCACCAUUUCGCAACAAGUGACGGUGACGGGUGUCAUCAGCAGGGUGACCAUCAAUUUGUCCAAUAACUUUCCCUCCAAAGUGACGUGCAAAGCCAAGAACCAGCACGGAGAGGCGGUGAAGUCCUUCGUCUUGACGCAGGUGAAGGAAGAUGACAGCAAGACCAUCAUCAUCAUCGUGGUUGUCUGCCUCAUCAUCGCUGCUGCUAUCGCCGUCGUCCUCGGCCUCUUCUUCACCAAGAAGGCCUGCUUCGCCAAGAAAGGUUCUAAAACUAUCAACGAGCCAUCGUCCCCGGGCGGUGAUGCGGAAUCUAUACCUCUGAGAGUGGAUCCUGCUGUCUGAUGGAUCCUUUGCUAAAGCUUUAAGUCCCUGAAUGGUCUGUGAAAUAAUGAGAAAUCCAAUUAUGAGAAAUUCAAUUAUUCUAAUAGCAGAAUGAAAUGCAGAGGCAGGAAGCAAACUUUAAUUGCGGCUGUGCCAUUGUCGUGCCGUUCAUAGUCUGCAAAGCAGGGCAGGGAUUGUUUGGUUAAUCACACAAAGACUGCGUUGUGGUUUAGAUGUUUUUUUUUCUGUGCAUUAAACCAUUUAAGGAGGUGCCCGCUUCAAUAGACCCAAAAAAAUCCGUCUCCUUAUUUAAUCGCAUCUCCCUUUGUGUUAGGCAGUGGCCGCGAUCCUUUUGUACUCUCCCAAAAUCGUUUUGUGAAAUGCUACCAAACCCGGCGCAGAGAUAAUUAAAACAUUCCCCCGUAAAAUGAUUGUUGUUAUUAUUAUAUUUGUGUUCCCAUCGCGGGACGAGUGUUGAAGGCUGGCGUGUGGGGACACACCGCACACUAGCGGGAUACCACUCAAGGGGUCUGCUGUCUCCUGGCCACCUCCAUAGCCCAGCAGGUUUGGAAGUUUCACGAGUGCUUACAUGAUCCACCAACCCUUGCCUCCAAAAUUCUGGGUUACAGAAGUGGAGCACCACACGAACGCCAGUGGAUGUACGGCUACUGGGAUUGGAAUUGGCCUGAACCUACACUGGAGUCUCAGCCUGUUGUUCACUUGCCCCAGAGAGCCACGUUUUGUUCAUUCUGAAACAUGUGUACCACGCCACUUCUGAAUUACACAUCCGCAUGCCCCCGCUUGCAAUACUGCAUUGGGUUUCGUCUAUCACGCUGUGUGUUUAGGAUUGAAUGUGUUUUAGGUUAUUCAAAGUGGCUUCCUGCUCAAACGACCAUCGACGCGGUCCUCAUGUCCUGUUUACAACCCUGAGCCAGUGGUGGAAAUGUCAUUCCUAUGAAGUGGGGGAAAGUAUGUCUUUCGCACAACCACUGGUCACUUCCCCACAGAGUGGUCCCUAUUUUAUCUACCCCACAUGGAUGAUGUGCUGAGUCAACUCCCCCCCCCCCCCCCCAACCAGGAUUUAACCUCGCAACCUUCUGAUUCCGAGCCGCUUGCUCCGAGUAGCCACCCAGGCCGGGCUUCAACCAUUUUCGGUGGCGCCAAGAAUGUUUAUGGGGAAUGGGACUGGGUGACAAUCAUGGUGGGGAGUAGGACGUUCAUUGAAGCCUAUGAUUGACAGCGUGGAAACCGAGUCGGAGGAUGUGUCUGGUAGCACGGUACUGUGUGCAUUAUAUUGUGAGUCUAAUAAACAUAUUUGGAAGUUACACAA